GUGCGUCUUUCCAAAAUUUAAAAGGAAGAAGAACUUUAAUAAAUUCUGGUAAAUUCAGCACCCUCAAUUUAAUAGAGGAUAGAUAUUGCUUAAAAUGUGCGGGCGCACUUGUCUAACACUAGAUCCCGAUCAGGUGCUGUGCGCAUGUAAAUACCCCAAUGAGAAGGAAAAGGAUGACAGCAAGAAUCAGGAAUAUGCUACACCCGAAUGGCGGGCAGAGUUCAAUUUGGGACGUCGAUAUCAAGCUUCCUAUAACAUUGCGCCCACAGAUAUAACACCCGUUAUUGUUUCAGCGUCGCAUUUCUCGGAGACAGAGGAUCAGAAAUAUGAACGCAUUGUGAUGCCGAUGAUGUGGGGCAUGAUUCCCGUGUGGCACAAAGGAGACUAUCGCAAACAUGGCCUCACCACAAACAACUGUCGACUGGAGAAUCUAAUGGAGUCCAAACUCUAUCGUGGACCCUUUAAGCGUGGUCAACGCUGUAUGGUCAUCUGUGAGGGAUUCUACGAGUGGCAAACCACAAAACCAGCCAAGCCAUCCGAACGUGAGGCUUAUUUGGUCUAUGUUCCACAGGAGUCAGAUGUCAAAAUAUAUGAUAAAAGCACUUGGUCGCCAUCGAAUGUGAAGCUGCUGAGAAUGGCGGGUUUAUUCGAUGUGUGGGAAGACGAAAGCGGCGACAAAAUGUAUAGUUAUAGUAUCAUAACAUUCGAGUCCAGUAAAAUAAUGUCCUGGAUGCAUUAUCGCAUGCCAGCGAUUCUCGAGACGGAGCAGCAAAUGAAUGAUUGGCUGAAUUUUAAACACGUCAGCGACUCCCAAGCUCUGGCUGUACUGCGUCCGGCCACGGAACUCCAAUGGCAUCGUGUUACCAAGUUGGUAAACAAUUCACGCAACAAAAGCGAUGAAUGCAACAAACCAUUUGAACAAGCCGCCAAACCUGAAAAGCCCAAGGGCAUGUUGGCCUGGUUAACUGGAAUUAAGCAAAGCAAAUCGAAGAUCAAGGAAGAGGAGGUUAAUCAAUUGGGAGAUUCAGAUGCGAAUACUGUCAAGCGCCCGAUCUCUCCAACUACGACAGAAGGCGACGCCAAGCGGCCGCGUUGUGAACUAAAGGAGACAGCUCCCCAAGAGAUCAAAGCGGAGAUUAAGUUGGAGGCCCCAGAAAGUUGACAUUUCUUUAAAUUGAUAUGAAAUAAUACAAAUAAUUACAAGAUGAUUUUGUUUUUA